AUGGCCACCGCAAAGGGCCCACUCUACAUCGGCUUCGACCUCUCCACCCAACAACUAAAAGGCCUCGUCGUAAACUCCGACCUAAAAGUGGUCUACCUCUCGAAGUUCGACUUCGACGCCGACUCCCGCGGCUUCCCCAUCAAAAAGGGAGUCAUCACCAACGAGGUCGAACAUGAAGUCAUCGCUCCCGUCGCCAUGUGGCUCCAGGCGCUCGAUAGCGUGUUGAGCGACCUGCGCAAACAGGGCCUCGACUUUAGUCUCGUGCGCGGGAUCAGUGGUGCGGGGCAGCAGCAUGGGAGUGUGUACUGGGGACAGGAGGCUGAGGCGUUGUUGAAGGGGUUGGAUGAGAAGAGGACCCUUGAGGAGCAGCUUAGUGGGGCGUUCUCGCACCCGUAUAGUCCCAAUUGGCAGGAUGCAAGUACGCAGAAGGAGUGUGAUGAGUUUGAUGAGUUCUUGGGAGGUGUAGAGGCUUUGGCGGUUGCGACGGGGAGUAAGGCGCAUCAUCGAUUCACCGGCCCGCAAAUCCUGCGAUUCCAGCGAAAGUACCCUGAUGUAUACAAGAAGACACUGAGGAUCUCGCUGGUCUCGUCUUUCCUAGCGUCCUUGUUCCUCGGUCACAUUGCCCCGUUUGAUAUUUCAGACGUCUGUGGUAUGAACCUGUGGGAUAUUCCCAAGGGCACCUACCACGAGGAGCUCAUCAAGCUCUGCGCCGGCUCUUCUGGCGCCGAGGACCUGAAGAAAAAGCUCGGCGAUGUCCCCGAAGAUGGUGGUGCCGAUCUAGGCAAGGUACACCGUUACUAUGUCGACCGAUACGGCUUCAGCCCCGACUGCACAGUUAUCCCAUCCACGGGGGACAACCCAGCCACUAUCCUGGCAUUGCCCCUGCGGCCAUCUGAUGCGAUGGUCUCCCUGGGAACAUCAACUACCUUCCUCAUGUCCACGCCAAGCUACAAGCCGGACCCAGCAACCCACUUCUUCAACCACCCCACCACACCCGGCCUGUACAUGUUCAUGCUGUGCUAUAAGAACGGCGGUCUCGCGCGCGAAAAGGUACGCGACGCAAUAAAUGAGAAGAAGGGCGAAAAUAACCCGUCCAACCCGUGGGCGAACUUUGACAGCAUCGCCCUACAGACCGCGCCUCUGUGCCAGACGUCAGACUCUAACCCCAUGAAGAUGGGCCUGUUCUUCCCGAGGCCGGAAAUCGUACCGAACCUGCCUCCCGGACAGUGGUACUUCAACUAUAAUCCCGCUGAUGGGAGCCUGAUUGAGACUGAAGAUGGAUGGAACAAGCCGGAUGAUGAAGCGCGUGCGAUUAUUGAGAGCCAACUUCUGUCUCUGCGUCUCCGAUCCCGCGGUCUCACAUCAAGUCCCAAGGAGGGAAUGCCCGCGCAGCCGCGCCGAGUCUAUCUCGUCGGCGGCGGGUCCAAGAACAAGACCAUCGCCAAGAUUGCGGGUGAAAUUCUUGGUGGCAGUGACGGCGUGUAUAAGCUGGAAAUUGGUGACAACGCCUGUGCGCUGGGCGCAGCUUACAAGGCCGUCUGGGCCCUAGAGCGAUCAAACGGACAGACCUUUGAGGACCUUAUCGGGCAACGCUGGCACGAGGAGGAAUUCAUUGAGAAGAUCGCCGACGGCUACCAGAAGGAAGCCUUCGAGAGAUAUGGCAAGGCCGUUGAGGGCUUCGAGAAGAUGGAGUUGCAAGUGCUGGAGCAAGAGGCGAAGAAGAGUUCGUGCUAG